AUGUCACGACACAUUGAUCAGGCUCCCGCUCCGGCCAAAGUCCGACCUGUAAAGGUGGUCGUGGCCAGCCCUAGUCGCUCAGGAACUAUGAGUAUGUUCAACGCAAUGAACAUACUGGGUUUCAAGUCAUACCACUUCUCCGAGUGCGUUCUUAAUAACGGCUUGCCGCAUCUGAGAUUCUUCAAUGAGGCACUCACUGCGCAGUUCAACCGGUUGUCUGGAAUCAGACGAUACAACAAGGCUGAUUUUGAUAAGUGGAUGGCCGAGUACGACUGUAUUGUCGAAAUCCCUAGUUACAUGGGCAAAGAUCUCCUCGAAGCGUACGCAGAAGACCCAGAUGUGAAAUUCAUCCUCACUGAACGACAACCCGAGAAGUGGGCAAAAUCCGUCAACAAUUCGGCGGGCGACUUGGUGCAAAUGUCAGAGAGGUUUCCUAUGAAUAUCGUGAAGCACUUCGAUCCCCUCCUCUCCGAAUUCAUGAGAGUCACUGCCCUCAUUUACGGUGGCCUUGCUGCGGGCACGCGGCCCGGUCACCCAGACAACGAGCGGGAGCUCUACGCAUAUUACAAUGACUAUAUCAAAUUGGCCAAGGAUGUCAUUCCAGCGGAUCGUUUGCACGUCAUCACGCUUGAGAACGGUGUGGAUUGGGAGGACAUUUGCCCUUUCCUUGGCUUGCCAGUUCCAGACGAGCCAUACCCGAUACCUAACGACCCUGCGAAUUUCAAGAAACUGGUUGACGGUUUCAUGAAGCCGAGAAUGACGGCAGCCCUCCUCAGGUUAAGCGCCGUUGCUUUGCCAACUCUGGGAGUCGUUGGAUGGGCAUCCUUCCAGUACGGACCGUCGUUGUUGGCUUCUUUGAAGGAAAUGAUUUAG